AGUGCCGGAGGAGCCGGCCGCCUCCCGCGCGCGCGCCGCGCCGCCUGCGCGCCGGGUCCCCCGCUCCGCGCGCCAGCCCGUGGGCUCCGUGGCCGGCCCCGCCCCGCCCCGCCCCGCCCCGCCUCGGUGGGUCCACAGCUCCCCGCGGGCCAGAGCCGGCCGAGCCGCUGCCGGCUGGGGCUCUGAUCGGCGCGGCGGGGCCGGGAACCAGGGGCCCCCCCGCCAAGGAGAGCGGCGGCCCCGGGUGGGGUGGGGGGGGGUACGGCUUGCCGGAGGGGCGGCCGCGCGUGGAUGCGGCGGGAGCCGGAAGCUUCGAGCAGCCGGCGCCGUCUCUGCCCCCGGGCGCCCUAUGGCUUGAAGAGUCUUGCCACCCAGUGGCUCCGCUGCCCCGAUGGAUGCACUGAAUCUGUCCUGGUACGAUGAUGAUCUGGAGAGGCAGAACUGGAGCCGGCCCUUCAAUGAGUCGGAAGGCAAGGCAGACCGGCCCCACUACAACUACUAUGCUAUGCUGCUCACCUUGCUCAUCUUCAUCAUCGUCUUCGGCAACGUGCUGGUGUGCAUGGCUGUGUCCCGAGAGAAGGCAUUGCAGACCACCACCAACUACCUGAUUGUCAGCCUCGCUGUGGCCGACCUCUUGGUGGCCACGUUAGUCAUGCCCUGGGUGGUCUACCUGGAGGUGGUGGGUGAGUGGAAAUUCAGCAGGAUUCACUGUGACAUCUUCGUCACUCUGGAUGUCAUGAUGUGCACAGCAAGUAUCCUGAACCUGUGUGCCAUCAGUAUCGACAGGUACACAGCGGUGGCCAUGCCCAUGCUCUACAACACACGCUACAGCUCCAAGCGCAGAGUCACCGUCAUGAUCGCCAUCGUCUGGGUCCUGUCCUUCACCAUCUCCUGCCCGCUGCUCUUUGGACUCAACAAUACAGAUCAGAAUGAGUGCAUCAUCGCCAACCCUGCCUUUGUGGUCUACUCCUCCAUCGUCUCCUUCUACGUGCCCUUCAUUGUCACCCUGCUGGUCUACAUCAAGAUCUACAUAGUGCUCCGAAAGCGCAGAAAGCGGGUCAACACCAAACGCAGUAGCCGAGCUUUCAGAGCCAACCUGAAGACCCCUCUCAAGGGCAACUGCACUCACCCUGAGGACAUGAAACUCUGCACGGUUAUCAUGAAGUCUAAUGGGAGUUUCCCAGUGAACAGGCGGAGAAUGGAGGCCGCCCGCCGAGCCCAAGAGCUGGAGAUGGAAAUGCUGUCCAGUACCAGCCCGCCGGAGAGGACCCGGUACAGCCCCAUCCCGCCCAGCCACCACCAGCUCACCCUCCCCGACCCCUCCCACCACGGCCUCCACAGCAAUCCCGACAGCCCCGCCAAACCAGAGAAGAAUGGGCAUGCCAAAGACCACCCCAAGAUUGCCAAGAUCUUCGAGAUCCAGACCAUGCCCAAUGGCAAAACCCGGACCUCCCUCAAAACCAUGAGCCGCAGGAAGCUCUCUCAGCAGAAGGAGAAGAAAGCCACACAGAUGCUCGCCAUUGUUCUCGGCGUGUUCAUCAUCUGCUGGCUGCCCUUCUUCAUCACGCACAUCCUGAACAUACACUGUGAGUGUGACAUCCCGCCGGUCCUCUACAGCGCCUUCACGUGGCUGGGCUACGUCAACAGUGCGGUGAAUCCCAUCAUCUACACCACCUUCAACAUCGAGUUCCGCAAGGCCUUCAUGAAGAUCCUGCACUGCUGACUCUGCUGCCUGCCUGCCCAGCAGCUGCUUCUCGCCUCCCUGCCCGGGCCUGCCAGGCCUCACCCCUGCAAGCCAUGGGCACACGGGCCCUGGGGCGGCUGGGGGGGAGGGGGAGGGGGCUCGGCCUUCUGUUUGUCCUGCAGGCCUUGCAGUGUUAGCUUGGCUCUCUGCUCCUCUCUACCCGAACGCCCUGACUCCAUCAGGGUGGGGCUGGGGAGCCAGGCACGGUGCCAGCCCUGAGGCUGGACCCACCCCGGCUCAGGGCAGCUCACAGAGUCCCCCUCCCAACACCAGGCCUCCUCUCCUUGGCACCAAAGAUGCAGCUGCCUCCCUUGAUCCUCCUCUGGGG